AUGCCAGAGAAGUUAACGAUUGUGUCUAAAGUCGGCGCCAAUUAUCUGCGAAAAAUCUUUUUACAUCCGACACAAGACAUCGACGUUAUUAUGGAUCGAUUGAAUACCAUUGAGUUCUUCGUCGACCCAAUCAAUGGCAGCGUUAAAGACAAUCUGAACCAACACUUGAAGAACAUAAAGGGUGUGAACGCACUCUUCAAUCGACUUAUGACCGAAAGUUUUUCCGUCAAAGAUAUCAAAAUUCUUUGCGAUAAUUUACUCAACGCUAUGAGAAUCAGAGACAUAAUUGUGGGACAAAACUCUUAUCUGAAAAUUUUUCAACAAAUAUACGACUCAUUCACAGAAGAGAUGCAAUACUUAGCGAAUAUGAUCACUAAAAUUGUCGACUUAAACAAGUCGUUGAGAACUGAAACGUUUGAAAUAAACUACGGAAUUGAUGUGGAGUUGGAUUUCGCAAAGGAUUUAUACUCUCAACUCUCGCCAAUCCUUAACAAAGUAGCCGAAAGUGAAACCAAUACUUACGGACACUUUCUGCGGGACAUUCAUUGCCUUUAUAUACCACAGAUCGGGUUCUUAACCAGUGCUGAACACUUUGCGAGUGAAUCCGAGAGCAGUUCCCAUAGCGAUGAUCUUCAGGUUGUGGUGACGGCCGGACAGCGCAUCUAUUACAAGACAUUCACAACUAUAGAAUUGGACCAACAUUUCGGAGACAUUCACUCAGAGAUCAUUGAUCGACAGAUUCUCAUCAUUAAUAGAUUACAACAAUAUAUCGCUAAUUAUAGACAUUUGUUUAAUACAAUUGAGAAGUAUUGCGCAAAACUCGAUGCUUUGAUAGCGAUGUCUCAAAUUGCUGUCAAUUAUCGUUACUGCAAACCAAACAUCACUACCGAUGGAGUGAUUGAGAUUAGAGACGGAAGACAUCCACUCAUAGAACUCAUGUCAAAGACAUUCGUACCGAACGAUUACUAUAGCGGCGGUCAACACAAGAAAGUAAAGAUCAUUUCGGGUCCGAAUGCGUGCGGAAAAAGUGUUUAUUUGAAGCAAAUUUGUUUAAUUGUAUUUAUGGCACACAUCGGCAGUUAUGUUCCGGCGUUGAGCGCUAACAUCCCAAUAGUGGACAGAAUUUUCACGCGAUUACACACUCCGGAGUCUAUGUCUAUGCGUUUGUCGACAUUUAUGUUGGAUUUAAAUCAAAUGUCAAACGCGUCUAAAUAUACAACGAAGAGAUCGUUAGUAGUGGUCGACGAGUUCGGCAAAGGGACUCAAUCUGUCGAUGGAUUGGCACUAAUGGCCGCUUGUCUUAAUCAAUGA